AACUUCCAUGCGCUGCAUGGUCGAAGAUGGAAAAAAUAGAAUAAGGACAAGAAGAAAAUUCUACAAAUUUGUGACAUGUUUCUCCGCGUGGCAGUAGAGAAUUUUGUACCAGCCGAGAACGAGGUUCAAGUAAAAGUAGAGGAAGAUGACGUUGGCUCCCUCGGCGACCAAUUCGUGGACGAUGAGCCCGAUUCAUACACCCAAACAAGUGUCUACCAAACAAAAGACGAAGAUUUGCUGCGUGAGGAGGAUGACACUGCCUUCUGUAUUAUUCCUUGUCCCGAUAAUAAAUCGCCAAAUAGCCAUGAAAAGUCCCGCACUGCGAAACGCGAAAUACUAGAAGAGUCUCGUUCUCCACCAAAUACAAUUAUGAAACAGAACAAGCUGCAGCCCGAUAAACCGGAAGCGUCGGCGCCACGGUUCUCACCCCGCAUCAAAAACCAAACCGCUCCACCCACACGUGUCUUUUCCCCAAAACAGAUAACAUCCAAUCCAAUGUCAAAUUCGGAAUCUUCAGAAGAAGACGACGAUACCAAGUCAACCCCUGAUGAUGAUAAAGAUUGGGCUCCAAAAAUUGACCACGUCGACUCCAUCGACUUCUGACCCCAUGCGCCCUCACAAAUGCACCAAGUGUGCCAAACAUUUCACGAACAAAAUUUCCCUUUUUCGCCAUACCACCCGCUCCCACAGUCUUCCCUGCAUCGCGGCGUCCUGCACAGCCACGUUUCGUUCCGUAAGAGAGCGAACCAUGGCUGGAAAACUGGCCAAAGUGUACUACCGGCACGCAGUACAGCCACGUGGCGACGCAGUACACCUCGGGUUCUAAUCUCGGCUGGGGUGCUAUUUUUGUAUAAUUUCAACUUUUUUUGCGAAAAAAUUACAUGAACUAUUUGCUUUGACCCUCGCUCGAAAUAUAUAUUCUCAGAAUUUUAAAAUUCAGCCCCACCCACCCGAAAUCAAGGUCACAAGGUCAAAAAACAAGUAACAUUUCUGUGUGGAAGCACAAAAAUCGAGUUGCAUGGCGAAAAAAUACCUCGACCCCCUGGGCACUCUGAGCAAUGUUCAAAGGGUCGGGUGCCCCACCCUCGGUGGGUGUGGUCCUCGGCGAUUUUUCGAAUUCAAAGAAACCAUGUCAUAUGAUAUAUCAUUUUUCUCAGGACGAUGAGGAGAUUUCCACUGACCUACUAUAAUUUUAAAACCGCACCCCCAGUGGGUGUGGCCAUCUGCAACUAUUCGAUUUUGGCACAUCCAUGUCAUGUAAUACAUCAUUUUUCUCAGUUCAACGAGGGGAUCUCGACAGUAAUUAAAAUUCGGAAAUCACACCCCCAAUGGGCGUGGUUCUCAAAAACUUUUAGAUUUUAAUAAAACCAUGUCAUAUUAUAUAUCCUUCUUCUGAGGAAGAGGAGGACAUUUUAACUGACUUACUAUCAAUUUAAAACCGCACCCCCAGUAGAGGUGAGCCGGGCCUGGACUUUUCAAAGCCCGGCCCGCCCAAGCCCGGUUGAAAAGCCCAGGCCCGCCCAGGCCCGGAAAAAUUGAGCCCAGGCCCGCCCAAGCCCAUUGGGCUUUUUGUGAAAAAAGCCCGCCCAGGCCCAGGCCCACUGGGCUACCCAAUGGGCUUUUUUUAAAGGCUAGGUUUAGAUGAACGGUUACCAAAAAUACCUAGCACUCAAGAUAGUUAUUGAAGGGCACCCUAAAAUUUGGAAGAUUACAUUACUUAUCAAGAUGAAGGUAAAAAUUAAACCACCUGAAUUAAAACGUCCUGAAAGAGUUGCAACUUUUAAUUGAUUACAGUAAAAUAGCUGUGUCAGGCUGUGUAGUAUCUGGGACUAAUUUCAAAUUCCUUAAGUGUAAAAUUUUUUGAAUAUAUAUCAAGAAGUUUUUGCUGUGGUUUUAGCAUAGGCAAUAAGGAUAUGUAAAUAAAAAAAGAUAUGUACAUACGUAUGUAUGUAUGUAUGUAUAUUUAUAUAAUGUAAAUUAAAUUAUGUAAUGAUCACAGAAAGAAACAAGUACAUAACUCUGUUGUACAAGAAAAUAACUGGUGAAUUGAAAAAAACAUCAAGAAGUCCAUAUGUAGUUCUACCGGUGUGCUACAAUUUUGAACAGUGUCCCAUUCACCCCCAAAAAAAUAUGAGAUGGGCUUGGGCUUUUCCUAAAAAGCCCAAGCCCGGCUGGGCAAAAGCCCGCCCAGGCCCGGCCCAACUAAAUUUGGUUCCUCAAAAGCCCAGGCCCGCCCAAGCCCGGUUCGUGGCAGGCCCGCCCGCCCAAAGCCCAAUGGGCCUGGGCGGGCCCGGGCUAGCCCACUUAAAGCCCAGGCCCGGCUCACUUCUAACCCCCAGUAGGUGUGGUCAUCUGCGACUUUUCGAAUUUGGCACAUCCAUGUCAUGUGACAUUAAUUUUGUCAGCUCCCUCAGGGGA